UUUAGUAUGGUGCAUCUCAACAAAACAAUUCAGGAGGGUGAUAACCCGGAUCUCACUGCCGAACGCUUGACGGCAACAUUUGAUACUCAUGCGAUGGCUGCACAGAUUUAUGGGGGAGAAAUGCGCGCCCGUCGUCGUCGUGAGAUCACCGCGAAGCUUGCAGAAAUCCCAGAGCUCCAUGACUCGAUGCCACUUCCGUAUAUGACAAGAGAGGAGAAAAUUAUGGAAAGUGCUAGGAAACUGACGGUUUUGACACAAAGAAUGUCAGAGAUCAUUGAUCCAACUGAUGCAGGCGAGUUGUAUCAUUUGAACAAGUAAGUGGACUUUUUUCUUGGACUAAUACCCUUCGUUUGACAGGCUUAGGAUUUUUCCUAAAAUUACAUGGAAAAUUAAUUUAGAAAUCAGAUUCAGCAUAUGAAAUAGUUUUUGGUACAAAAAUUUUAUUAUGAUAACGUAAAAAUAAGGAAAAGCAAUUCUUUGGGAUCUCAUGAGAUUUUUGAAAACAUCGCCGAACUUUCAUUUUUUUUUUACGUGCGAAACCAUCCAGAUUAAGGGCGAUUCUAAAGAAGUUACGCUCACUGUACUUUAGUUUAUCAUAUCAAAAAUCAAAGUAGAAUAAUACAAAAAUACAAGUUUAAUAAUGAAAGAGCUCUUCAAACUGAGCAUUUUCCCAGAAAAUCAAUAAUUUUCCAGCGAAGUUCUCGGAAUCGAAGGAAAUCCUAUGGCUCUUCACGGUGUGAUGUUCAUUCCAGCCCUCAACGCUCAAGCUAGUGAUGAGCAGCAAGCCAAGUGGCUCAUUCGAGCGCUCCGACGAGAAAUCAUCGGAACCUACGCCCAAACUGAAAUGGGUCAUGGCACAAAUCUUCAAAAUCUGGAAACAACUGCUACUUAUGACAUUGGAACUCAGGAGUUUGUGCUUCACACUCCAAAGAUCACCGCAUUGAAGUGGUGGCCAGGGAAUCUUGGAAAAAGCAGCAACUAUGCAGUUGUAGUUGCACAUAUGUAUAUAAAGGGAAAGAACUUUGGACCACAUACCUUCAUGGUUCCAUUGAGAGACGAGAAAACUCACAAACCACUUCCAGGGAUUACAAUUGGAGAUAUUGGACCAAAAAUGGCUUAUAAUAUUGUAGACAAUGGAUUCCUAGGCUUCAACAACUACCGUAUCCCAAGAACGAAUCUUUUGAUGAGACAUACCAAAGUAGAGGCUGACGGGACUUAUAUCAAACCACCACAUGCAAAGAUCAAUUACUCUGCAAUGGUACAUGUGAGAAGUUAUAUGCUUACUGGACAGGCGAUUAUGUUGUCGUAUGCGUUGAAUAUUGCAACAAGAUACUCGGCAGUGAGAAGACAGGGGCAGAUUGAUAAAAAUGAACCAGAGGUAAAAGUGCUCGAGUACCAAACCCAGCAGCACCGUCUCUUCCCAUUCAUCGCCCGUGCCUACGCUUUCCAGUUUGCUGGUGCCGAGACCGUGAAGCUUUACGAACGAGUACUCAAGGAGAUGAAAUCUGGAAAUGUGUCUCUUAUGGCUGACUUACAUGCAUUGACUUCUGGUUUAAAAUCAGUUGUUACUCAUCAAACUGGAGAAGGUAUCGAACAAGCGAGAAUGGCUUGUGGUGGGCAUGGAUAUUCUAUGGCUAGUUACAUCUCUGAAAUCUACGGAGUUGCAAUUGGAGGAUGCACGUAUGAAGGAGAAAAUAUGGUUAUGCUUCUUCAACUCGCUCGUUACCUCGUCAAAUCCGCUGCCCUUGUGAAGUCCGGAAAAGCUUCUCAGCUUGGACCACUGGUAGCCUACUUGGGCGCCAGAAGUGAGCCAACUAGCCUGAUAGAUAGAGUUCCAAAUGGUGGAAUCACGGAAUACAUCAAGACAUUCCAACAUAUCGCAAAGAGACAGACGUUGAAGGCUGCCAACAAGUUCUUCGGAUUAAUGGAGAAUGGAGAAAAGAGAGAAAUCGCCUGGAACAAGUCAUCCGUGGAGUUGAAUAGGGCGAGUCGCCUCCACACCCGCCUCUUCAUCGUCGAAGCCUUUGCCAGACGAGUCAACGAAAUCGGAGAUAUCACCAUCAAAGAGGCUCUCAGCGAUCUCCUCCAUCUUCACGUCAACUAUGAACUUUUGGAUGUUGCCACGUAUGCACUGGAAGAUGGAUUCAUGUCAUCCACUCAGUUGGAUUAUGUCAGAGAUCAAUUGUACUUCUAUCUCCAGAAAAUUCGACCAAACGCAGUUUCAUUGCUAGAUUCCUGGGAGUUUAGUGAUAGAGAGCUGAGAUCUGUCCUAGGCCGCCGUGAUGGUCAUGUCUACGAGAACCUUUUCAAGUGGGCAAAGGAAAGUCCGUUGAACAAGACAGAUGUUCUUCCGUCAGUGGAUACAUAUUUGAAGCCAAUGAUGGAAAAAGCCAGGCAGAGCAAGCUAUAAUUCUAAUUUAUAUUUUUGAUUUUUUUUUCUCUUGCAUACUCUUUGCUUAUACUGUUAAAUAUUUGAAAAUGCAAACAUUGCACUUAUAAAUAGUACAGGCCAA